CUUUGUUAUAGGAACAUGAAAGCACAACUGUUGGAUUAAUGCUUGGCCUCGCUGUUUCUCAUAGAGGGACCAUGCAUCCAGUAAUAUCAAAGUCCCUUUAUGUUCAUAUUCCUGCCAGGCUUCCAUCUUCAGUGGAGUUGGAGUUACCAACAAUUCUGCAGUCGGCAGCAUUAAUGUCAGUGGGACUUCUUUAUGAAGGAUCAGCUCAUCCGCAAACUAUGCAGAUUCUUCUGGGUGAAAUAGGUCGCAGAAGUGGAGGUGAUAAUGUUCUUGAAAGGGAGGGUCAUGCGGUUUCUGCUGGAUUUGCUUUGGGCCUUGUUGCAUUGGGUCGAGGAGAUGAUGCACUUGGUUUCACAGAUACCUUGGUUGGUCGAUUAUUCCACUACAUUGGUGGCAAAGAAGUUCACAAGGAAAGAUCACACUUCUUAUCACUGUCAACGGAUGAGCAAAACCGUAGUGCUGGGCAGAUGAUGGAUGGAACCAUGGUCAAUGUUGAUGUCACUGCACCUGGAGCUAUUAUUGCCCUUUCUUUAAUGUUUUUAAAGACUGAAUCAGAGGCAAUUGUUUCUAGGCUUUCCAUCCCUCAAACACAUUUUGAUUUGCAAUAUGUGCGGCCUGAUUUCAUUAUGCUUCGUGUCAUUGCUCGGAAUUUAAUAAUGUGGAACAGAGUUCACCCCUCUGAAGAUUGGAUUCAGUCCCAGAUUCCUGAAAUUGUCAAACAUAGCAUCGAUGCCCUUAGAGAUGAUAACAGUGAUGUUGAUGAAAUGGAUGCAGAAACCUUUGUCCAGGCCUAUGUCAAUAUAGUGGCUGGGGCAUGUAUUUCUCUUGGGUUAAGAUUUGCUGGUACAAAGAAUGCAAAUGUGCAGGAGUUACUUUAUGAAUACGCUGUCUACUUCCUAAAUGAGAUCAAGCCUGUUUCCGGUACAAGUCGAAAUGCCUUUCCAAAGGGAUUGUCUCGCUAUGUAGAUCGAUGCACGCUAGAAAUAUGCCUUCACCUGGUUGUUCUUUCCUUGUCUGUGGUAAUGGCUGGUUCAGGACACCUACAAACUUUUCGGUUGUUGAGAUUUCUUCGCAGUCGAAAUUCUGCAGAUGGCAAUGCAAAUUAUGGCAUCCAGAUGGCAGUAAGUUUAGCCAUUGGCUUCUUGUUUCUUGGGGGUGGAAUGCGAACAUUUUCAACGAGCAACAGUUCUAUUGCUGCUUUAUUGAUUUCUCUUUAUCCACGCUUGCCUUCUGGACCAAAUGAUAAUCGCUGCCACCUUCAGGCAUUUAGGCAUUUGUACGUCCUUGCAACGGAAUCUCGCUGGAUUCAGACUGUCGAUGUUGACACUGGUCUCCCUGUGUAUGCCCCUCUUGAAGUUACUGUCAGAGAAACUGAACAUUAUUCAGAAACAAGCUUUUGUGAAGUUACUCCUUGCAUUCUGCCAGAACGUUCUAUUUUGAAGACAGUUCGUGUUUGUGGACCUCGAUACUGGCCUUUAGUGAUAGAGCUGGUACCUGAAGAUAAACCUUGGUGGAGUGCUGGGGAUAAGAAUGACCCAUUUAAUUCUGGUGUUAUCUAUAUCAAACGGAAGGUUGGAGCUUGUUCGUAUGUGGAUGAUCCUGUAGGGUGUCAGUCCUUGAUGUCACGUGCGAUGCAUAAGGUGUUGGGUUUGACAAGUUUAGGAGCAUCUGAUCCAAAUAUCAAUAACAACAGUGGUCCUAAUUCUGUUACUGUUGAUCAGUUGGUCAGUACCUUUUCAUCUGAUCCUAGCUUAAUUGCUUUUGCACAACUUUGCUGUGACCCUUCCUGGAAUAGCAGAUUUGAUGGUGAUUUCCAGGAAUUUUGUUUGCAAGUUCUAUUCGAGUGCAUAAGCAAGGAUAGACCGGCUCUGUUGCAGGUCUACUUGUCAUUAUACACGACGGUUAGGUCAAUGGCCGAGCAGGUCACCAAUGACAAUGUCAUUGUAAGUGACUCGCUCCUUAUAUCCAAUUUGAAGCUUGUGCUCGCCUAUAAUGAAGCUCUGUUAAGUGGAAGAUUAUCUGCUUCAAGAGGAGGCAUUGUUCAACCAAUCUUCAUGGGGUCUCUUAGGAAGCGAGUGGAAGACAUUCUUAGUUGUUCAGAUGGAUUUAAAAUUGAUUUGAGAAAGUAUCUGAACUCAGGAAGAUGGCAUGACGAAGAAGAAUCCAAAGAAGAGAAAAAUUUAGUACUACUUUCAUGGUAUCUUAAGUGGUUCAGCGUGCCGGUUCCAUCCCUUAUCAAGUCGGCCGUGGAGAAAAUCAAGCCCAAUCUAGUUUCAUCAUCUUUGGUUCCUUUGUUGCGUUUGUUAUUUCCAACCACUCACAUCAAUGCCCUUGGUGAGAUAGAUAAGUUGUUCUCUUCCAACAACUGA